AGUAAGUGCGGGACGUGUUCGCCUCAUCAGUCGAUCGCGGUGCGAGCGCUCGGAUACGCUCAGGUGUGCAUCGUCGCGUGUCGAAGUAAAGAGCCAACCUCGAGCAGACCGCGAAAGAAUCGGACGGCCGGUCGGCGGCGAUAACUGCCGAGAGUGAUCGUUAAUAAUAAUUAAAGGCGACGUAACUCGUUGACGCGAGUCACUUGUGCUGGUGGUGAGGAGCGAAGAGAUCGGGAGUGAUUAUCAUAAAAAUGCAACUGCGGCUCGGUGCGUUGUUUGACAGCCAGUCGCCGCCGCAUCUCGCCGCGAGGAUGCUCCUUUUCGCGUUCCUCUGCGGCGGAUUCGUCUUGGGACAAGUUGGCGCGCAGUACGAAGAUUCCGAUCACAUUGUCUUUCCCGGACCGGUCGGCCAGAGAUCGAGGGACAGGGCCCUUGAAUCUACUAAUAAGCCCGCGGGGGGUUCCACGGGCAACAGCGAUACGCCGAUACCGCUCGAUUUAGCGAAUAGACUAAAUUCAAUAGAUACGGUGGAGCAAUUUAUGGAGCUUCUUCAUGGUGUUCCAGAGAACGAAAAAAAGGGUGUCAGUACGUUUGCCAAUAGAUUUGGAGGCGAGGAGCGAUCAAACGCGGUGAUGCCAACGCCGGCCAAGUGCAUGCCCGAGCUGCAACUCGUCUCCUUAAAACUGGACGACGAUCCUUCGACGUUCGUGUUCCCACUCUGCACACGGAUCAAAAGAUGCAGCGGCUGUUGCGUUAGUCCUUUGCUCUCGUGCCAGCCAACAGCGACAGAGAUGCGGAACUUCGAGGUGAUCGUGACUUCGGUGAACGAUCUGAACUACCGAGGACGGCGAAUUGUGCCGCUGGAGGAGCACACUAAGUGCAAAUGCGAUUGCAAAGCCAGAGAGGAGCACUGCAACGAAAGGCAGCACUACGAGCCGCACAACUGCAAGUGCGCCUGUAACAACAUCGACGAGGAGGAAAAGUGUAAGAGCAACGACAUGAAGAUUUGGAAUUCGACGCUCUGCACCUGCUCGUGCGAGAACAUUGAGCCGUGCACCACCGGAUACUACUUCAACCCCAACACGUGCAGAUGUGGACCGAUAAUGUUCUCUAGACCAGUAAACAGGUUUGCAACCACGAAUUACAAUUUCACUAAUCGUCGGCCGGAAAACAGGCGGCCCGUGAUAAUUCCUUUGGACCCAUCGGAUCCCAGAAGAAGACACAGAGAAGAUCCCGAAUACAAGUGACAGCAAUUCAGACGGACAUGCGACGGAUUACAAGACUGCUAAAAUGAAUUUAUAGUUAUUUUGUUAAUUUCUUUAUUAGACGAGAUCCACUACCAUUCAAACAACUCUAAUUAACUUUCGAUUAACUAACCGAUAAUUAACUCAAUCGACAGAGUUGCCAGUAUGGAAAAUCAAAAUUGUUAGUAUAAGACGAAAAUUCUUUUACAUUCUUUUUAUAAUCUAUGAUGUUGAUCGAUCUGAGAACGUAUUUUAACAUUAAAAUAGAAUUUAGAAUCUUAUUAUUUGAUGAAUACAAGUUGGCAACAUUAUUGAGUUAAUUGAAAUUAAUCAAAGUUGGUGGAAGUGAUUUCAUGCUUGGAAACUAAAAAAGUUAAAUUGUUUUACAAUUAAGUCACUGUAAUUUUAUCAUGAUACAGAAUAUGUUGCAAAUUUUGCAACCUAUUCAUAGAACUCAUAGAACUUUGUAAUAUUAAAAUGCCUAUUUCUUCUCUCCAUUUUUAAAUAUACAAAAAUGUUUUCUUUUUAACAGCAGUUUAGAUUUAAAACAGUAAAAUAUUUUCAAUUAUUAAAGAUGUUUCAGAUUUGAAAUUUAAAAUCCAAAUUCUAAAACAUUUUUAAAAGCUCAAUGGAGACAAGCAAUCCAUCAUUACAAAAAUAAAUAUAAUAUAUAAAAUUUUUAAUAUUUCUAUGAAACUUUUAUUUCUUAUACUCAAAAAAGAAAUGUUUAAUUAUUUUAAAAUAUAAAAAUGUUUUAUUCCUAUUUGUUUUUUACAUAUUUAAAAAUAUUUUAGUUUUAAAUGAUGUUUAGAUUCAAAAUCCUAAAAUAUUUAAAUGUGUUAAAGAUUUCACUUCUAAAUGUUUAGUGUUUUAAAUCUAAAUACCCUUUAGAACUAACGCAGUUUUAAAUAUUUAAAGAGAAAACAGAGAUAAAAAAAAUAUUUUAAUAUCUUAAUUUUUCUUCUAUGAGUUUUGCCUCUCAUGUUUACAAUGAGCAAUCAUUUCUGCGGCUUGGUGGUAAGAAAAAUAUUACAAUUUAAACAUUUACAGUUCCACCUCCAAAUCGCAGAAUGACACGAGAUUUUCUCUAGUUCCACAGUGUUUCCAUGCAAAACUACUGUACAUUUACCAUUGAAUAAAAGUCAAGAGAUAUUGUGAUAUAAUAAGAAAAUGUGCCCCCACAAGAUCUUGUCAAUGUUAUUUAUGUCAUAGUUAUUUCUCUUUAUAUUUAUUGUCACAACGACAUGCAAACAGUGUAUUAUUUGCCCACAUAUGACAUAGUAAUAACUUUAUAACGUGACAUACGUGCGGGACUAUCGAUUACAUCACAUAUAUUCGUUAAUUAGUAUUUACAUCUAAGUCAUAGUAUAACAUAAAAUUCUUAAUAUUAAUUACGAUAAAUAAAUACAAUCAUUGUA